CGUCUUCCAACACAUUCCCAUCAAACUUGAGAAUUCACGUGCUCUGUCCAAAGCUUACUCGAGCGGGGGAAGAGCCAGCAGAAUUCUCUUCUAUCUACUUCGAAACUCCGGCAAAAACUAUGCAGAGAGUUAUCAUCCAAGUGGAUUGGGACAGCGAGAAGAGCAAGAAGAAGGCCAUCAAGAUGGUCUCCAAAAACCAAGACGUAGAAUCAUUUUCCGUGAACGACGAGAAGAAGCAGCUAACGCUGGAAGGGGAGAUGGAUCCCGUACCACUUGUGAAAAAGAUGAGAAAGGAAUUUCCGACGCAGAUUAUCGCCAUGACCCAGAUCUCAGUUGAGGCACAACCACAACAGCCUCGUUCAUCCCCCGAAACCCCAUAUCACCCCAAUCCUCAGCCGCCCGCGCCACCGUACUGGGGCCAUGAUGGUUACCAUUAUCCUCAGUUUCAUCCAACCUAUGGACAGCCGCAGUACCCGGGUCUUCCCAAUUGGGGGCAGCCGUCCGCGCCGCCGCUGUACGGGGGUCACAAUAUUCACCAUCCUUUUCAGUAGGAAUAUGUUCGCGGCUAUGUGGACUUCGUCAAAUGCUCCAGUCCUAUUUUGUACGGCAUGUCAUCUGUAUUGCUCUGCCCUGCCCUUUGUAAGUUUGCAUGGAUGUUAAUAUACCGUUCGGUUUGGUGUGA